AUGCUCAAGCAACUCAUCCUCAUAGCGCCACUUCUGGUGCAAGCACUUGCUGUGCCCGCAGUGGAGCCCAGACACCAACAUCUUCAUGGACACAUCGAACAUACACAUGGGACCAAGACCAAAAUGACCACGUCUGUCCGUCGUGAAACAGAACAGACCGCCGCACCGCAGUUCAUUCCUCCUAAGAUGCCUUACGCACUUGACCCUAACACCAAAAUUCGCAAGACCACCACUACUGCCGCUGAUUCGAACAAUCCUAAAGAGACUAUUGUCCCCGAGUUCAUCCCACCUAAGAUGCCUUUCGUAGCAAAAGCAUCUUGGCAAAAGUCGACCAAGAACCAGGACAGCUCUGACAAUUCCGCCUCGGUUGCAUCUGUGAAGAAGAAGACUGUUGUCAAGGUCCAGGAGGAAGAAGAUGACAACAAUGACAAACAGCCAACUUUCAUCCCUCCCAGGGCGCCUUUCCGAGGAUCUCGCAAGCCUCAACAGAGUCAAGCUGCCACUCCUCGAGAUACAGUUCCCCAGUUUAUUCCUCCGCGAAACCCCUGGGCACAGUCUAAGCACAACACUCGGUCAACGGAGAGUGACGACCAGGACGUUUCGCAAGAAACUGCUAUUCCUGAUGCGGACCAGCGAGCCGCCAGUGACGAUGAUGAAGUCACCCCGGCACCUGAGCUCCUCAGGCGUGACGAGGAAGGUGCAGAUAACGAAUUCUUCGCUGAGGAGGAUGAGGAUGACUACAACCCUGGGGAUUUCCCCAACCUUGGCGGCCCCGAGGAAGACGAGGACGGUGAUGAUUCUGAGAAUACUCUUGCCGGAAACACAUCUGAGCAGACAACUCAAAACCCCGAGUCCACCAAUGCACAGGAUGAUAGCAGCGCAAAGAACUACUUUGGUGGUGACUUUGAUGAUGAGGAUGACGCCAACAACGCACCUACUCGCUUAGAGGCUCGGGGCGUUGGAAAGCGUAACAUCCUCUACUUCACAAACUGGGGUACCUAUGGGGCGAACUUCCAGCCCCAAAAUCUGCCGGUGAAGGAGAUCACACAUGUUCUAUACUCCUUUGCUAAGGUGAACCCUAAAGACGGAACUGUGUUUUCAUCAGACUCUUACGCCGAUACUGAAAGACUCUAUCCUGGUGACUCUGAUAAUGGUGGAAAGAACGUUUUCGGAUGUGUUAAACAGCUUUACAUUCUUAAGAAAAAGAACCGCAAUUUAAAGGUGCUACUUUCUAUCGGCGGCUGGAAUAACAGUCCAGAUCUCGCUACUGGUGUAAGCACACAGGACCGUCGCAAGAAGUUCAUCUCUUCCGCCAUAAAGCUAAUCACUGACUGGGGCUUCGACGGAAUCGAUGUUGAUUGGGAAUACCCUGCAAAUGCCCAAGAAGCUCGCAACUAUGUCUUGAUACUCUCCGGUCUCAGAAAAGCCCUCGACCAGUACUCAAAGAACAACAAACUGAACUAUCAUUUUAUGCUUACUGUUGCUACAUCAGCCGGUCCAGCAAACUAUAAAGUCAUGGAUUUGAAAGGAAUGAACCCAUGGAUUGACGCUUGGCACCUCAUGGCCUACGACUAUGCUGGCUCCUGGGAUACUACUACUGGUCAUCAGGCCAACGUUUUCGUUUCCAAGAAGAACCCUCUUUCAACAAAGCUUGGCACUGACAAGACAAUUAACGAUUACCUCGCGGCGGGAGUUCCCCCAAAUAAGAUUCUCAUGGGUAUGCCUCUUUACGGGAGAUCCUUUCUCAAGACAUCUGGACUUGGCAAAUCCUACUCGGGCGUUGGCGGCAACUCUGAGGGAACUUACCUGUACAGGGAUUUGCCACGUUCCGGUGCCAAAGCUACUUACAAUGCAGACCUCGUUGCUAGCUAUUCAUAUGAUAGCAAGACGCGGGAACUUAUUACUUACGAUGAUCUCAAAUCUGGCCAAGCCAAAGCCUCUUAUAUCAACCAGCGGAACCUUGGUGGUGCCUUCUUUUGGGAGGCGAGUGGAGAUAAGGUUGGAUCCCAGAGCAUCGUUUCUGGUGUAAAGCGCACUUUAGGCACCCUUGAGACGGUCAACAAUCUUUUGAAAUACCCCACGAGUGCAUACGCCAAUAUCCGAGCUGGAAUGCCGUCUUGA